AGGCGGCGGGCGGAGAGAAGCAUCGCGCUCGAGGCGGAAACCCGGAGGGAGCCCCGCGCGCGGCCUCGCUGCUGGCAGGAAUGCUGUUAUGCAUCCAGGGAGUGGUUUCCCUGGUGAACAGAGUGUGACUCUGAUGGAAGACUUGGACUCAUGGCCUCAGCUUCUCCAUUGACUGUGUGACUGGGGACAUCUCCUGCUUUCUGUUCUUUAUUAUUUUCCCAUCUCUGCUUUUGGAUGACCAUAUCUGCACAGCCGGCUUCAAAGGGACGAGUGAGGAUUAUUGGAAGACAUUUUUGAGUGUCUCAGAAAAGUUACGGAAACCCAGAAAUCUUCCACUUCGGUUUCUCCUGCCUUUUUUGGGAGCGGAAAUAGUUGACCCUUAAGGACCCUAUCCUUUCUCACUGCUAUGGACAGUGCUAUCACCCUGUGGCAGUUCCUCCUUCAGCUCCUACAGGAGCCUCAGAACAAGCACAUGAUCAGCUGGACGUCUAAUGAUGGGGAGUUCAAGCUUUUGCAGGCAGAAGAGGUGGCUCGUCUCUGGGGGAUUCGUAAGAACAAGCCUAACAUGAAUUACGACAAACUCAGCCGAGCCCUCCGAUACUAUUAUGUAAAGAAUAUCAUUAAAAAAGUGAAUGGUCAGAAGUUUGUGUACAAGUUUGUCUCUUACCCAGAGAUCUUGAAAAUGGACCCAAUGACGGUGGGCAGGAUUGAGGGGGACGGGGAAGCCGGAGGCUGCGGCGAAGUCACCAGCAGCUGCAGAGAUGCGGAGAGCGGGGGCAGGGAGAGGCCGCCUCAGCCUGGCGCCAGGACCUCCAGCCGCAACGACUACAUACACUCCGGCUUGUACUCCUCCUUUACCCUCAACUCUUUGAACUCCUCCAACAAGAGGCUUUUCAAACCGAUCAAGCUCGAGAACCCAGCCGAGAAGUUGGCAGAGAAGAAACCUCCUCAGGAGCCGACACCGUCCGUCAUCAAAUUCGUAACAACGCCUUCCAAGAAGCUACCAGUUGAACCCGUGGCCGCCGUGCUGUCGGCCGGCCCAAGCCUUUCUCCAUCCUCAGAAGAAACUCUCCAAGCGUUGGAGACUUUGGCUUCCCCCAAACUGCCUUCCCUGGAAGCCCCGACCUCCGCCUGCAGCGUAACGACCGCGUUUGCCACCCCACCUGGUGCGUCCGCGCCGCCUCCUGUGCAGGAGCCUCCUGGGACGCCUUCGCCGCCGCUGAGCCCUAACCCUGACCUUGACACAGACAUCGACUCGGUGGCUUCUCAGCCCAUGGAACUUCCGGAGAACUUGUCGCUGGAGCCUAAAGACCAGGAUUCAGCUUUGCUGGAAAAGGACAAAACAAGGAAUUCCUCGAGAUCCAAGAAACCCAAAGGGUUAGAGCUGGCACCCAUCCUCGUGAUCACGGGCAGCGACCCGAGCCCGCUGGGAAUAUUGAGCCCGUCUCUCCCCACGGCUUCUCUCACACCAGCGCUGUUCUCCCAGACGCCCAUCUUACUGACGCCGAGCCCCCUGCUCUCCAGUAUCCACUUCUGGAGCACUCUCAGCCCUGUUGCUCCCCUGAGUCCAGCCAGGCUGCAAGGUGCUAACACACUCUUCCAGUUUCCUUCUGUACUGAACAGUCAUGGACCGUUCACUGUGUCUGGCCUGGAUGGACCACCCACCCCUGGCCCAUUUUCCCCAGAUCUACAGAAAACAUAACCUAUGCACUUGUGGAAUGAGAGAACCAAGGAGUAAAGAAACAGAAAGACAUUCGACGUGAUUACAUUUGAAGUGAGCGAUUAAUAGUUCUACAAUGCUGAUAAUAGACUAUUGUGAUUUUUGCCAUUCCCCAUUGAAAUGCCUUUCUAAGAUUCCCUUUGACUAUGACUCAAGUUGGACUGUAUAUAAAAAUGCCUUAAUUGGAGUCCAAACUCCACCUCCCUCCCCCUUGCCCUCUCCCUCCCUAACUCCUCCUCUUCCUUCCCUCCCUCCCUCCCUCCCUCCUUCCUUACUUCCUUUCCUCCCUACCUCCCUACCUCCUUCCCUCCCUCCUGAAUAUUUUGAGCUUUGUGUUUAAAGAAAUUUUUGGUGGGGUUUAGCAGUUAGCUAUGCUUUGUAGGAGCAGUUAAGAACAAAGUUAUUCCUUCUGCCUUAUCGGGACCCUUUGGCCAGGAAAACAUUUAUGCUUUGAGUAUAUUAGUUGAAGAAAUGUUAAAUGCAGUUGGCCAUAUCUUUAGGACUAAGUGUGUUCUGUUGAAAAACUAAAAGUGAGCUAUGUAUGAGCAGUGAAGGAAAAGGAUUCCUUCCUGUUCACACCAAGUAAGAUUAGAGCAGUACUGUUGGGGAGAUUCUGUUUUGCUCUGAACUAUAACAUGUGUAAGCAGUCCACGGCAAGGCAUCUUAUUACCUGUAUCGGGGUGGGUCUCUUAGCCGUGUGUGUGAUCUUGUCUGAACCUGUGAACAGCAUGGAGCCUGGUCUGUUUCAGCAUAGGAAGAUUUUUAAACGUGGGGUUUACGACCACGUUUUGCAACAACCGGUGAGAAUAGGGGACCCCAUCUCUAGCACAGAAAUGUCUGCUCGCUGGUGGUAUAAUUACACACCCGUGAUAUGUACAGGAUGGUAAGUGAUGGCUUUUAGGAUGAACCUGGGUUGUGAAAUCUCGAGGCAUCUCUGAGUAAAACAUUCAGUUGAAUAACUUGAAACCACAUGUGGGGCUUUCUUUCCCAGUUAGAAGAUACUUUUUCUUUUCUGUUCACUGCAUAUUUUACCUUUUAAAUUUCAGGUUGUUAGGGGUUGUGAUUGUUUUAAAGAUGUAAUUAGGAAGAUGAAAAGCAAAGCGAAGCCUCCAAAUCUAUAGUGAGGUAAAGAUGUUAUGUCUUUGAAAAAAAGUUUUUUUAUUAGAGAGCAGCAGAAUUUGUUUGGAAAUGCUCAUGUACAGGGAUUGGAUUGUUCACAGUAGUAGUGAAAAACGUAGGCCUUCAUCUCUACAUUACCACAUUUAUAAAAUAUUAUCAUAUGGUACUCAGCCCCAGGUGUAGACAGAUUUGUGGAUAGUCCAAGCUGAAUUGAUAACCAACAUCACAGUGGAAUCUUUGGGAAAACUUGGCUUUUAAAGCCUAGGAUUAGAUUAUAUGCCACGACCAGCACUACAACACUGCCCGUUAGGAACCUCAUCUUUUAACCCUAGAAGUAGUUCUGUAAUGGAGUCCCAAACCAAAUGGAAUGAGGGAGUAAGGUUUUGAGGGCUCCAAAUGACACUGAUAGGAACCAGCAUCUUCCACAUGUAGAAUAUUCACUUUAAAUAUGUUUCUAUACAGUGUGGAGAAGCUACAGUGUGAGACAUGCAUGUUAGUUAGUAGUCAGGGAGGGACAACAUUCAGGGAGCCGUCUUCACAUCUGUCGUCUUGGGGACCCGUUCACUGGUUCGUCAGUGGCUAUGGGCUGAAAGGUGUGCUCCUGAGGUGCGCGACAGUUCUGGAGGCAAUGUUUGGUAGUGAUGGGGAGCGGACGGUGGACUUCUCUCCCACACGGAGUCGCUUCGUGGGCAUGCUUCUUUGGAAUCAGACUUCAGCAGCACUUUGGGAUAGUUUUAUUAGGUUUAUGAAUAUUUUGUACAUUAAAUCUAAGUAUUGAUGGCUCGAUUUAACUAGAUAUUUUAAAUUUUGAAAGCACAAAAGUAUUUUAUCUUUUUGAAUUAAAGGAGAAAAGCCAUUGGUUGUUUUCAUAGACAAUAUCUUUGAUGACUAACUGUGUCAGCACAGGGGUGCCUGGGAACCAAGGGCACCAUUAAAACUCAGUCAAAGCAGCUUCCUGGGAACCAGUGUUUGUGAGGCCUCUUGUCUAUAAACCUACCCCGGAAGCCUCCGAGAGGUGCGGGCCUCAGGAGAUUGAUGAUCUGCUUUCUCUUUGAGAUCAACUGACGUGGAGAAGUGUGUGCGUGUGUGUGUGUGUGUGUGUGUAUUUCCUUUUUCAAAUGAAAGUUUACAACCUCAGCUCAAGUGUAUGAGGCAGACCAUUCUGUUAGUAAACUACCUCCUUCCUGGAAAACUCUCAGCUUCAUGUUUUUUUGAGCAUCCGGUGUUCUUAGCAUCCAAAGGUGACAUACCACUUAAGAUCCAUAUUCACUGGGGAGACUUCUGUUCGGUAUCUAGCUGGUAUCCAUCACAAGUCACUUUGCCAGGACGUUCGCUGGUGGGCAAAAGUAGCCUAAGUGAAGAUAAGGGAGCAAGUUGAAUGAGCUUUUGAGACAUCUGUGGUUAUCUUAGCUUUUCAUCUGCUCUGGCCCGUAUCUACUCAUUUGUAUGCUGGGAAAUGUUUAACAACCAGGCUUUCUGAAGGGGAAAAAACAAUCCUUCAAUUGUAGUAUUUGCUGAUUCCCAUGAUUAAAUUAUUUCCCCUGUGGCUGAUUUUAAGCUACUACCUUAGAGCUGAGAAGGGAUGAACACAGUUGGCUCAAAGCCACACACUGAGCCAGCCAAGCACCGCAUUUAUUCCAUCCUAGGGUGGAUUUUCACAUAAUUUCUAAAAUAAUUUUCUUCCUUGUUCAUAUGCUGAUUUCUUAAAACACAAAAUUAAAAUCACAUGGCUAGCUUCAGUAAUCUUUUUUUUAAUGGUUUGUCAGUGCCUUUGUGAGGUUACAUUCCUCAUGGCAUAUUUUGUGUGUUUUAACAAAGGUAGAAACUUCCAUUGAUUUUUAAAAAUACGUACAUGAUGGAAUAAUCCAGAAACCCUCAAAAAAAAGUCAAUGUAAGCUAUAUAAGCAGAGGUUUUUUUUUUUCUUCAGAUUUUGAUGGGGAAACUAAGCCCAUGAGCCCAUGUGUGUGUGUAUACACACACACAUAUAUAUACCUGUAUACACACACAUACAUGUAUGCAUGUGUAUAUGUGUAUAUAAUGAAAAAGGGUCCUGGAUUUUUUUUUUUUUUUAAACUGGAAGAAUUCUUCGAUGAUUUGCAUACUGUAUGAGAGAUCAAAACAGGCAUGACUGUUGAAUCUAAUCACCGGGCACAAUUUCUAGUUUUCUCCAUCCUGUGCGACUCAGACGUGGAGGGGAAAGUAAAUAAAUAAAGAGGUGUGGGAUUCUGUGGCUGUAACUGCAGGCUAUUGGUAACAUCACUCCAGUCCCAUUCAAACCUGUUGUGUGAGUUGUAGCCUCAUAACUUUGUUUCAUCCUGGUCUCAGAACAGGUGAUAGGAUUCUGAAUUUCUAAAGGCAGUUUUGUAUGUUUCUGGGGAAUUUAAGCGCUAGAAGCACUCAUUGCCAUUUCAGAAAAGCAGUCUGCAGCCUUUUCGAGCACACCUUGAUCAGUAAAAGUUUUAAACACCGUAUUUCCUACUGCGAAAUCAUACGUGUAUAAGUGGAGUUGUAUGCCGCUGUAGGAAAGGCACAUGUACGUUCUGAGGUGUACACAAAAAUAGGAAUUAAGGAUGGUCUAAACGGUAAAUCUUGACUGCAAGUUGUACUGUUUUCUUCCCGCCCCAGUAGAUGGUCUCACGCACCUUUUGGCAGCACGUGCUUUACCUUAAAGACCACGGACUCGGGACACUGUUUCACUGCUUAAUCUUGAAAAUAAAACGUGGAUACUUUUGUUGUGAUAUGUGGAGAACUCCUUUACAUAUUUGAUCUGAUUUUCAUGUAAAACCCCUAGAAGUUUGAUUUAGAAUUUUUCAGUAAAAGUUGUCUUCAGCUUCCUGAGAUUUUAUAUUAAUUCUUUUUUGUAAAUAACCCCAUUACCAAAUGUUUUCCAGAGCUUUGCGCAUAUUAUUUUUGACAGCCUGUUGGCUCUUGUGUCUUCAUACUAGAUAGGACUCUUUAAUUUACUUUUAUGUUACCAGCCUGCUUACAAACUUCUUCUGGCCUUAUUAAUACUGUAUUUUACCAACAGAUUUGGAAUUAUGUUAAGUUGCUUUAUGCUAAAAUAAGAGAAUCACCGCCCCCCCUUUCUUGCUGCAUUCACAGGCUUUGCUUUAAAAAAAUUUUUUUUAAUGUUUUUAUUUAUUUUUUGAGAGAGACAGAGAGUGAGCUGGGGAGGGGCAGAGAGAGAGAGGGAGACACAGAAUCUGAAGCAGGCUCCAGGCUCUGAGCUGUCAACACAGAGCCUGAUGUGGAACUCGAACCCACGAACCGUGAGAUCGUGACCUGAGCCAAAGUCAGACGCUUAACCGACUGAGCCACCGAGGCGCCCCUGUAAGCUUUGAUUUUUUUAAUUUGUUGGAACAUUUCAGCAUCUCUUGAAGAAAUACUUUCCUUAAUGGGUCUGUGCUAUUUAUCACUUACUUGUAUAUAUUUUAGCUGCCCAUGCCAGAAAUCUAGAAUUGUGCCGAGGUGUGUAGACAAGGAUGGAGACGGGUGCAGGUGUCUUUGUGCAGAAAGCUCCAAAUGAAUUCCCAAACCAAUGGGAAAGUUAAAAAGACUACUCAUGAUGUAUGUAGUCUGUUAGCUGAGGGCAUGACAGAACAUGUUCUUUCUAAAAUGGAGCUGAGAAGUUAAUUGUUUAAGCCAUAGUAGGGAAGUGGAGGCCAACCAUAAUUAUCUUUCUUUAGCAGAUAAGCUGAUCAGAGAAUGGGUCCUAUGGAAAAUAUUUCAUUAAUUAUCUUCUUGCUUUGGGGUCAACAAAUAGAUGUUGUUAUUUUUAACGCUGCUAGCAUUACCUGAAGCAGGGUGCCCUGUUAUUCCUCUUAGGUCAUCAGAAUUCUGCUUACUGAAGUUUGAAGUUUUAAUCUCAGAGUCUAGAAUUCUUGUGGGUGGUAGUGUAUUAAGAAAGAAAAAAAAGGCGGUUUGAUUUCAUUUCUCGUACUUGGUAGAACCUGUUAGCACAAAAGUCAUGUUUUGACCUGUAAACAGAACAGUCUGAAAGGUGAGUUGUUGAUGCGGUUUAAAUGUUCCAUUUGAAGCUGCCAGUUUCUUCAGGCUUUUCUGGGAAAAAAAAAAAAAAAAAAAAAAAAAAAAAAAAGUGCUAGAUUGACAGCCUGCCGGAAAAUGGCAAUUGCUAGGAUGCCGCCAUUCGCACUGAGCGCUUGUGAAAGAUGGAAGUCCAGAGUGGUUUGUGUGAGAGGGGAGAUGUUGGCUUUCAGGCUUUCUGCAGAAACCAAGAAAUUCAAGCUGUCGUUAACAUCAUUUUAAAUGAAACCUUUAACAAGAAAACUCAUGAGGGAUACGAUUAAACAUGGUAAGGCUCUUGAACUCUAGUUUUUUUAGUGUAAUACAUAUCAGAAAGUUUUAUGAGGUUUAAAAUUUUAUUUUGAAAUAUGUAAUUGGGGGACUGGAGCAUUUCUUUUCAAAUUCAUUCUGGUUUAUCGGCUGAGUACCGUGUGUGUGUGUGUGUGUGUGUGUGUGUGUGUGUGUGUGUAAACAAAUCUGUCUUUCAGAGGGAACAUAUAUUUUUCAUCCUCUAGGAUGGCUCCCAGGCUAUUUUAUACGAAAACUUAAAAAAAAAAUUGGCUGCACUUUGCAGUUGCCACUUUUAAAAAAUUAAUGCCUUGCACAUUUCAGUUUUUUUAAAUUCUUAGACUCAUAGGCCUUAAAGACUAAUUGCUUGCCAACAUUUUUAGAAAUAGGAGGCUGCAUGUGACAUGCGCUGAACAAAGCCACGUUAACCCACUCGCUUGUGCACGUAUCACUGCUCAAAUACAGAUGCCCUUUCCUAACAUUUCUACACUAUCACUUUUGUGUAAAAUCCUUGUUAUGUUAGGGUCUGAGUUUCUCAGAGAGGGGGUUUAUACUAAGAGUAGUAUUUCUAAAAUACAGAUUUGACCGUGAAUUGAUAAAAUAGUGGAGGAGUUGUGGCUUUGUAGUCUAGUUUACCCUUUCAGACUGUACAUAAUAAGCAUUAGCAGAAACCUCAGAGUAUCUCGGGCUGAAUGUUCUUCUCAGCUUGCUCUGUUUCCCAUCUCCUGAGGGCCCAUUCUGAGUCUUGUCCCUCCAAGGAUUAUGAGCCGCGCUAGGACAGGCCUGGGAUCAGGACAGGGUGGGCAUGCCCUGCGGCUAGGCCAGAGCCGUAGCCAACGGAAUCGUCCAAAUAUGCCCAGAAUAGAGUUCAUACUGGUAUGAAAUCACUUGGCACUUUUGGGGGCACCGUUAUUAGCACUGUUUUGUUAUUAAUAACUGGAAGCACAAUGGUAAUUUUGAUUCAUUUCAUCUUAAGGAUAUGGAGGGUCAGAGAAGUAAUGUCUAUUUCUCGUUUAUGUUUUCUGGAAUUAAGACUCUUUGGAGAAGAGGUAAAUGGAUUGCCUGAUGAGCCAUUCUUCAGGGCUCUGUAAGGUAUGCUCUUUUAGCCAGGAUGUUUUAAAAUCAUUUACAAGCUUUUAAUACUCUGCUUUGUGGAAACGUAUGACUUUUUAAAUGAUUUGCAAUUGAUGGAGUACACUCAGCUUUGUAAACUAUCCAAUUACAUGUUUCUUUUCUGUUUUAUCGUUGUUGCUUAUUGUCUGUUAGGUAGGGGACACAGUCCCUUCUAAGACACUUCAUGGGUUUUGUUUUUGAGGGCAGUUUUACCAGCGCCUACAUUGCAGUCAGUGCUUAUGUAAGAAGUAGCAAUAUCUUACCAACUUCCCUGUUCACUGCUAGUGAAAUUAACUAAUAUGCAUAUAUGUAAAGAUAGAAAUUAACACAAUUAAGUUUUGGUCACUCAUGGCCUAUUUAUUCGGUUUGGCCAUUUGAUUUUCCUAAUCACAGUCCUGUCGGUUUCUGCACUUUUGCCUUCUUGCAGUUUCACUGACCUCUGUGGGUAGGGAAGAUUCAAUAUGAAACUCAGUCCAGUCAUUUUGCCACUGAUAGCUUUGGUUUGAGGUGAAUACAAUUUUUGACCCGAAACUAGUUUUUUACAAUUAUACCCGUUUUUUGGCCAGAUAAUCAAGUUGGUUUUUUAAAAAAGUGUGUAACUUUGCAUUUUGAAGAACAAACUAAGAAUUUUCUAUGAGUCCUAACUGGAUCUUCAGGUGUGGACGUCACUUGACAAUGGAAUGUUAUUAGAUAGUGAACGUUUGAUUUUCAUCCACCCAGUGUAUAAUGCAGAGGAAAAACAUGUCUGCUGUGGCGUUAACACCGGAGAGAAGUUUUUUGUUUUUUGUUUUGUUUUGUUUUUUACAUCAAUGUCUUAAUUCGGGCUGUGUGGUCAUCAGAACUUGUUGGGGUGUUUCCCUCCAAUCCAGAUCCACUUGGCUGAGAAGACAGUUCUGUCACUGUUUGUUUCCCCCUUGUUUAUUGAAAUCUAUCGCUCACGAUACCUAAUCUCCACCGCUUCUGUAUAAAUGGACCGUUUCUAUGUGAUGCAGGUGCACACCUACCCAAAGGAAUGAAUGACGGUUAGAGCAGCACUAGUGACUUGUUAUAAUUUCAGUAUGAUUUACGUUAGGGAGAUCUUCAAAGUAUUAACAUUGCUUUUUUCUUCUUUUUCCUACAACAGCAACGAAAAUGAUGGUAACUGCUAACAUUUAUUGAAAUUAUACUGGUUGUUGGGGCAGCUGGAGAGAAGCUGCCUUGUCUUCUAGCUCAGCAGUGGGACUUAGCCUGUUGGGAAACAAAGGGGUGUUGUUUUGAGGGUGAUUAGAAUGACGGGAGCCAGAGUCUCGGAUUCUAAUUCUUGUGGCAAAGAACCUUCACACAGAGCGUAGGUAGGUGAGGAAGAGGAUGCGCUAGCACUUUGAGGGCUUGACGAUAUGCUGCUUUGAAAAGAGAAAAGGACCGUUGAUACUCAGUGCAUCUCCAGACAUAGCAAGGGGUUGCUCUGAUAACCAAUCAGGUGAUCGCUUUUUCUCUCUCACUUCAAGUUUUAUGCAAAAGUUUUGUUACAUUCUGUAAUGGUGAUAUGUGUCUUUUUAGAAAGAUGAUAUGUUAAAAACAACUAUUUUUAUGCAGGAACUGACAGAGGAAUUUGCUUUGUAUAAUGGCAAGCUAGCUUUAAGAAAGCACCGUAGCAAAUUUACUGAAGUCUGAAACUACAUAGAUAUGUUAAUAGAUAUAUGUGCAACUAGAUACGGACGACAAUUGUAUUUUUUUAAAUAAAUGUUUUUAACAAAAUGA